AAGCAACAACAAGAAGAGCAAGAAAGAAAAUGAUAUACAUAUAGAUAUGGCUACAUAUAUAUACAUGUAGAGAGAGAAUUAUAUACAAUCAAUCAUGGAGGUGUUUUUAAGGCCAUGAAUAUAGAUUGUUCUGACCUUGGUCUUUCUUCACAAGCUUAAUUGAUUUGGUUAGAACAUAAAAUGGACUUCUCAGAAUCUACAAAAGUUGUAUAUGAUAGGAUCCAGAAGCUGGAACCCGAAAAAGUCUCCAAGAUUAUUGGUUAUCUUCUGUUGCAAGAUCAUGGUGAAAGAGAGAUGAUAAGACUAGCUUUUGGCCCUGAUAAUUUAAUCCACUCUUUGAUCAAAAAUGCAAAAACACAUCUCAAUUUAGCACCAAGCUCAGCUGCUUUACCUAUUUUGCCUCCCGGGCUAAAUUCUGUAUCGAGUUUGCCCAUAAAGUUCACACCUUUUUCUCCUGGCUGCCAAUCUUUAACGGUUUAUCCUGCUUCGUUUCCUGAAGAUUACCACAUUCAAAACCAACUUCGUUUCAUGUCAUUAGACGAUCAUAUCGAGCCUGCAAAUGGGCUAAAUUUUGUUAGCAACAACUAUUACUAUUCUGAACCUACAUUGAGUCCUAGAAUCAAUAGAAGGUCUCCUAGUUUACCUGAAUUGCCUAUCAAGAUUUGCCAUUACUUCGUGAAAGGCUCCUGUAGGCAUGGAAACAGCUGUAGGUAUUCUCAUGUUAAUCCUAUGCCCGAAACGCUCUAUCAGAUCUUUAGCCCUGGUUCAAAUGAAGACGAUAAUGUCUUUUCGCAUGGGUGUCUCAACAAACUAGAGAUGGAACUAACUGAACUCUUGAAGGCAAGAAGAGGGUUUCCUGUUUCUAUUGCUUCUUUGCCAAUGUUGUAUUAUGAGAAAUUUGGAAGAACGCUUCAAGCUGAGGGCUAUCUAACUGAGAGCCAGAGGCAUGGGAAAGCUGGUUAUAGUUUGACUAAGCUUCUUGCACGGCUCAAAGGAAUAACUCUCAUCGAUAGGCCUCAUGGGCAACAUUCAGUCAUUUUAGCUGAUGAAAUUGCCAAGUAUGUCGACUACAAUGGAGAUAGAAAUGAACAAGGUGGUAUAGUCGCAGGUUCUAAGCAGAUAUAUCUGACUUUUCCGGCUGAGAGUACUUUCACAGAGCAAGAUGUUUCAAACUAUUUCAAAAAAUUUGGGCCUGUUCAUGAUGUGAGGAUUCCAUGUCAGCAAAAGAGAAUGUUCGGAUUUGUAACCUUUGCUUUUGGGGAGACUGUUAAGGAGAUUCUGAGUAAAGGCAACCCACAUUUUGUGUGUGGUGCACGAGUAUUGGUCAAACCAUACCGUGAAAAGUCAAGGGACGAUAGGAAAGUUGGAGAUAAAUUUCAGCAUACUAUGUACUAUGGUGCUCACAGUCUUGACGCAGAAUCUGAGCUUCAAUCAAUGUCCAAAAUUAGCGAUAGUUUGCCAUCACCUGUGCUAACAGCAAAACACGCUAGUGAAUUGACGUCCUUUGGCUACUCACUCGAAGAGUUGCAGCUGUCAGAAGGUAAUAGAGGGGAGAUGAAUUUCUCUGCUGCAGAGCGAUUUGGUCAUUUGUUUGAUGUUUUUAACUACGGUUCAGCUGGUGAGGAAAGAAUUUGGCAGAUAAAUACCAAAUACAACGAGAAGGAGAACAUUCAGGGACGUGCUCUUCCUGAUAGUCCAUUUGCAUCUGCAUUAGGCAGUGGCAUAUCGACAGCUACAUGACUUUUAAACAUUACACAAGCGGACUUAGCGAAGACAUAUUCACAUCAAAUUCCAUUUCAGUAUGCAAACGGUUUGAUACUACAACAACAACAAAGUUUAUAGCAAAAAAGUGUCAGUUUAUAGCAUUUUAGGACAAAAAGCCAUGUUGCAAACUUGCAAUGGGUAUAAGGUAUAGAAAAAUUUGCAGUAUUUUACCAAGUUAUCGUGUGACAAUACUUAUAUAAAAAGGUCUUGAAUGCAUAUAAGCGAGAAAGAUAUAGUCUGUUGGUUUGUAUAAGUACAAGUUUUAGGAAUGAAAGUGUAGUGAGUUUGACUGAAUUAAGUUAUAAACUAAACUUUAUAUUAGUGCUUCUAAUAUAGUAAUAUACUCUUACUUUCUACAAA